AUGGCGGCAGACUGCAAGGUCACGAUCUGUCGCAAUUGCAAGAAGGAGGGCCACCCGACCAAAGACUGCAAGGAGGAAAAGAACUGCAACCUGUGCGGGGAGGCGGGCCACGUGUACAGGGCCUGCCCAAGACGAGGCGCCGCCACCUACGCGCAGAUGGCCGGAGGCGGGCCACAAAAAGACGGCAAGGCACCGCAAACCGGCAAAGGAAUGGUGUCAAGAGCAUCCACCCACCCGAAUGAACUUCAGGACUUAGAACCUUAUGGGAUCAUUAUGGACAACCUUAGCAAUGACAGAUUUAAAGGUCGCACUGCAUUAUCACCCAGAAACUACAACAUUGACAUUGUUCCCCUUACUCAGACACAAUUUGCUGGAGAAGGUCAACCUAAAGAAGAAGGUGAUAGCUACACCUUCAUCUUGGUGUUUCCAGGUCGAGUGACUGAGCAUUUCUACACUGCUGCUGACACCAAUGACUUUCAGGGUGCACUUUACCACAGGAAGAAAAAUGAGAGAAUGAAAGUUUUCUUUCAGCUCUGGGGGCUUCUGCUGUGGGCGAGAUACCAGCUCGUUUUAUCACAAGAAUAUGAGGAACGUGGGGACGGACAUUUGGUUAGAAGACAAAAAAUAAAGUAUCUCUCAUCGAAUGCACCAGGAGAAAAUGAACAAGAGGAGGACUGUAGUUUGGAGAUUGCCUUCCUGUUGGACAGUUCAGAGAGUGCUAAGGACGUCAACCACAACCGGGAGAAGAGCUUUGUGCUGGACUUUGUGGACAGGCUGCAGCAGCUGAGGGUGUCGAGUGGCCGCCGGCUGGUGCCCCGAGUGGCACUCCUGCAGUAUAGCAGCACAGUGCUCAUUGAGCAAACCUUCCGUGACUGGAGUGGUCCAGCAUCCUUCAGGACCCGUGUCGCCCCCAUUGGCUACAUUGGGCAUGGCACCUACACCACAUAUGCCAUCACCAACCUGACUCAGCUCUACCUGAAUGAGGCAGCCCCUGGCAGUGUCCGGAUAGCAGUUCUCAUGACUGAUGGUGUGGACCACCCAAGAAACCCAGAUAUCUACGCAGCUACAGCUGAGGCCAAAAAUCAAGGCAUUAAGUUUUUCACAGUAGGCAUGUCACCCGUGGCCAAUGAGCCACCUAAUGCAGCCAAACUGCGCCUUCUAGCCAGUCCACCUGCUUCUCGCUUUGUGCACAACCUUCAAGACAGCAGUACCCUGGGCAAACUCCUCCUGGAAAUGGCAGAAUUAGCUGAUGAAGGGUGUCCCAAAAUACCAAAAUGCAUCUGUGAAAAAGGGGAAAGAGGUCCACCAGGUUCUUCUGGGAAAAAAGGACGCCCUGGUGAUGAUGGUGCUCCAGGACUAAAAGGACAAAAGGGGGAAGCAGGUCUAAGUGGAAUCCCAGGAAGGGAUGGAUUGGAGGGAAGAGCUGGAUACAAAGGUGAACAGGGUGAAAGAGGUGAAUGUGGGCUUCCAGGGACAAAAGGUGAGAGGGGACCAGAAGGCCCCGUGGGCCCAAGGGGACUGAGAGGCGUACAGGGUUACCCUGGAUCCCCUGGGGAUCAAGGACCAGUAGGUUUCCAAGGAAGGAAGGGUGAACGUGGACUUCCUGGAUCACCUGGACUAAUUGGUGAAACUGGAAUUGGCUUUCCUGGCCCAAAGGGUAAUAUUGGUUUCAUAGGAAGACCAGGGCCUAUUGGCCCCCCUGGGAUUGGUGAACCUGGACUACCAGGUCCUCCAGGGCCUCCAGGUCUUCAGGGAGAUAGAGGUUUACCUGGAGAAGGUUGGCCCGGAGUGAAGGGUGAUCGUGGAUAUGAAGGACCAAAGGGACCUCGUGGAGCUCCAGGUGUCGGUGUUAAAGGUGAUAAGGGUGAAAUUGGUUUUCCUGGAUUACCCGGUCCUAUUGGACCAUCUGGUAUUGGAUUCCAAGGUGAAAAGGGAGUGCAGGGUCCGCGAGGACCACCUGGACCUAAAGGACCUCCAGGUGAAGGUCUGCCUGGGUCAAAGGGUGAUCAAGGUUUGCCAGGAGAAGUUGGAGCUCCAGGAGAAAGAGGAACUGGAGAACCAGGACCAAAAGGUGAACCUGGCUCCUCUGGAUUGGCAGGCCUACCUGGUCUUCCAGGAGAAGAUGGCGCUCCAGGGCAAAAGGGUGAACCAGGAGCAUCAGGUCCACGAGGGGCUGAAGGUGUUGCGGGCAUUGGAAUUCAAGGAGAGAAGGGUGAUAUAGGUCAGAGGGGACUGCGAGGUUUGGUCGGUCCACCCGGAUUGACAGGCCCAAUGGGACCAAAGGGUGAACCUGGUGCUGCAGGGCGCCUAGGAAUGCCAGGCCUUCCAGGUCGUGGCAUUAUGGGACCUAAGGGUGACCCAGGUCCCCUUGGUCCCGUUGGCCCUGUAGGUGAAACUGGAAUUGGAAUUCCUGGUCCUAAGGGUGAUCGUGGCCACCCAGGACCUCCAGGGCCAAUCGGACAAAAAGGAGAUGGAUACCCAGGAGCACCUGGUUUGCCAGGCCUCCCAGGCCCUACGGGUGAACAGGGACCUAUCGGAAUUGGAUUCUCAGGGCCUAAGGGCGAUCCAGGAGCAAGAGGCCCAAGUGGUUUACCUGGACCACCAGGAGAAGGGAUUCAAGGACAAAAGGGAAUAUCUGGGAGAUCAGGACCACCUGGUCCUCAAGGCCCUCCAGGUGAAGGCAUUCAGGGACCUAAGGGGGACGUAGGUGUACAAGGAUUGCCAGGACCUCGUGGACCACCAGGAGAAGGGCUCAUGGGACCUAAGGGUGACCGUGGACUGCCGGGAGAAAGAGGACAGAAGGGAGGAAAAGGAGAUAUGGGUGAUUCUGGUUCUCCUGGCUUGUCUGGUAGACCUGGAGUAAAGGGUGAUCCUGGAUUAACUAGAGAGGACAUCAUCAGAAUGAUAAAGGAAAUCUGUGGCUGUGGAAUUAAAUGUAAAGAACGACCAAUGGAACUUGUCUUUGUGAUUGAUAGCUCAGAGAGUGUGGGUCCAGAUAAUUUUGAAAUCAUAAAAGAUUUUGUCACUGCACUCGUUGACAAAGUAACAGUUGGUAGAAAUGCCACCCGAAUUGGUCUUGUACUCUACAGCUUGGAAGUACGAUUAGAAUUUGGUCUAAGUCGACACCUUACACAACAAGAUGUCAAACAGGCAAUCAGGAAAAUGCUAUACAUGGGAGAAGGCACGCAUACUGGAACUGCCAUUCGCAAAGCAACACAGGAGGGAUUCUAUGGAGCCCGACCUGGUGUGAAGAAAGUUGCUAUAGUAUUAACAGAUGGACAGGCAGACAGAAGGGAGACUGUUAAACUGGAUGUUGCUGUGCGUGAGGCUCAUGCUGCAAAUAUAGAAAUGUUUGCAAUUGGUAUUGUAAAUACCACAGACCCAACUCAAGCUGAAUUUUUACGUGAGCUCAACCUAAUUGCUUCAGAUCCUGAUACUGAACAUAUGUAUCUCAUUGAUGAUUUCAAUACUCUUGCAGCUCUGGAAUCAAAAUUGGUCAGACAGUUCUGUGAAGAUGAAAAUGGUGCAUUGAUUUACAACCGUGUUAGAAAUGGAGUAAUAACAAAUAGCAGUCCAUUAUAUUAUGUUCCUAGUUCUACACCUACCAGAAAUAAAAUUGAGUUAAGUUCUCCAAAACCUACACAAACAAUUGCCUCUGGGAAGGUGAAAAUAACUGCGCAAGUGAAACCAUCUCUAUUUGGAUCUACCUCAACUGGAAAGUUUACAAAAGUCAAUAAACAGAUGAACCAAAAUCCACAAGCACAUGAUAAGCAGAAAGAAGAUUACAAGUUUCAAGUUCUUUCAUCUCCUUCAAAGGGCAGUAGCUACCUGUCAACCAGUAAACAAGUACCAGAUCUACACUCACAAUUAGUUAAACCAGUGAAAGAAUCCACAAUCUCCCCAACAGUAAAAAUUCCAGUUUCAGACCCUCUCUGUCAGCUCCAUUUAGACCAGGGAACCUGUCGGGACUAUAUAAUUAAAUGGUAUUAUGACAAACAGGCCAAUGCCUGCGCACAGUUUUGGUAUGGUGGCUGCAGUGGAAAUGCUAAUCGUUUUGACACUGAAGACAAAUGCAGGAAGACCUGUGUAGUUUCCAGUACAGAUUCCUGAUGUGAAUCCCAGAAAAAUUGUAAUUCAGCAAGUCUUAAUGAGAUAAAGGAAGACAACAGAAAACAAUUAUUGUGUAUUUGAUACAUUAUGAACAAUAUUAUAUUUUGGUAGUUAUGCAUUAGAUUCAAAUUGUACAAAGCUGUUAAUACAGAUGCUACUUUUUUGUUAUUUUUCUGUACAAAUGCAAUUCUCAGGGCUGAAAAUGAAAAAUAGAAAUAUUUUACAAAAUGUCCAAAAGACUAUCUUUGCAAUAAUUGCGGAUCAAAAAUAUAGAAAAGAUUAGGAAAGAUAUUUGGUUUUCAUUUAAGGUUUUGAUUUAUAUUAUGCUGAGAACAUUAAAUUGACAACUUGCAAAGAAGGAACACUUAAAUAUUUACAGCUGAGAAGAUGAAGUUUUAUCCUAGAACUCUAGCCUUACUAUUUCUGAUUUGUUUCUCUUCAGAAAUUAUUAAAGUGGUAUAAACGAUGAACUUUAAACUGAUAAUUAUCACUUUUUGUGCUGUUGCCUGAUAACGACUGAACUAUAUUUCUUUCAUGUGCACCACAGUAAAUUGCACAGUUGAUGAAAUGUUAUGAAAUCUGUUCAUUUCAUGUAUUAGAGCUUUAUUAGGAUGGCUGCAAGUACAAUAGUUGGAGACUAAUAAUAAAAGUUGGCCAACGUAAAAGCAAUAAAAACAUAUGUAUAAAUGGGAGAUGACACAGUUCAUAUUUUGCAAAAAUACGGGAUUAUUAAAGAAUUGUUCAAUGACAUUGUAAUACGCUUUGUUAA